AUCCUCUGUCUGUUUCUCCUCUUCUCACGCAACCUCUCCUCUCCCCCGCCAGCUCUACGAUUCCUCCUUCCAUCCUCACCGUCGCCGUCUCCCUCUCUUCACCCAGAGCUCCGUUUUCUCACUGUUGUAGUCGCAGGCAUAUCCAUCACAGGGAGGAGUGGAAGUUGCCGCUCUCGCAACUGCUUAGCCCAGAGAAGCUCGCUCGCCAGGAGGAGCGGCAUGCCGUUUUCCUCGCAUAUGCCAGGCUGUUCGUUCACAGCCUUCAAAUUGCUCCGACGAAACGGAGCAUCAAACUGAGCAGAGGCCAAGAAUUUGCUCUUCAGUUUCCUAAGGCUGGUCACAAUGGGAAGGAACUUAGGAGUUGAUUUCUUCAUGCGGUGUUUGGAUACAAUAUCAAUAUAGUAUAUAUGCACUUGUAACUGCUCAAUCAUCAAUUAAUUCGAGUGGCAUAUAUAUUUCUGGGUGCCAGGGAGAGAGUCGUGAGCAUCCAUUUCCAUAGGUGAAGCACAUGGAGGAGAAGAUCGGGAUGACCAAGCUUUGGGCUCUUUUUCUUGUGGUUUUCGUCCUCCUCCGAAACGCGCAGGCGGCGGCCGACGGGAACAAGAGCCGUGGUGGUAUGAGGCGCCUUGCCGGGGCGCCAGGCGUACCAGUGCCUAUGACCCUCCUCACGUCCGCCGUCGCCAUGGGAGCCGUGUGCUUGGAUGGGACGCCGCCGGCUUACCACAUGGAUCCGGGCUCCGGUGCAGGGAAGAACCGUUGGAUCAUCCACCUACAGGGAGGCUCAUGGUGCGAGAGCGUGGGGUCGUGCCUGUACCGCAAGGCGAGCAGCCUCGGCUCAUCGAAUCUAAUGAACAAGCAGAUCUACUUCGGCGGCAUCUUGAGCUCCAGCCCCCUCGACAACCCUGAUUUCUACAGCUGGAACCAGGUGGUGAUCCGCUACUGCGACGGCGCGUCUUUCGCCGGCGAAGGCUAUGACGCGGGCUCGGGGCUCUUUUUCCGGGGCCAGCGCAUAUGGAACGCCGCCAUCCAGCACCUCCUCGCCAUGGGGAUGUCCUCCGCGGAUCAGGUGCUGCUGACGGGAAGCUCGGCCGGGGCCCUGGCGGUGGUGCUGCACUGCGACCAGUUCGGCGCCGUCUUCGCCGGCCGGGGCACCACUGUCAAGUGCCUCGCCGACGCAGGAUUCUUCCUCGACGCCGUCAACGUCGCUGGGUGGCAUACCUUGAGAUACUACUUCGGAGGCGUCGUAGCCACGCAUGGGGUGGCUCAGAACCUGCCCAGGAGUUGCACCAGUCAUCUCGACGCCACCUCGUGCUUCUUCCCGCAGAAUGUAAUCGGCGGCAUAAAUACCCCAAUCUUCGUGCUGAAUGCAGCCUACGAUACCUGGCAGAUUCGGGAAAGCCUGGCCCCGGACGGAGCCGACCCCGGCCGCGCCUGGCGAGCCUGCAAGUCCAGUCGUUUAGCCUGCAACGCAUUCCAAAUGAACUUCUUGCAAGCUUUCAGGGACCAGAUGGUGGGCACCGUGCUAGGCGUCUCCCGUUCCAGGAGGAACGGGUUCUUCAUAAACUCGUGCUUCACUCACGACCAGUCCGAGUACCUGGCCACUUGGAAUGCAUAUGGCUCUCCUUCUAUUCAAAACAAGGCGAUCUGGAAAUCUGUGGGUGACUGGUAAUUUGGCCGGGCUGAAGUGAGGGCCAUCGACUGCGCCUACCCCUGCGACAACACAUGCCAUCACGAGAUGUGAGGACCAACUGAUUUGAUGAAAAAAAGGGGGAAAUAUACAGCUAGCAGAGUGAUUACUUUUUAGUGAGUUUGUGUCCUGUAAUAUUAUUUUGUCGCGUGUACUUUCUUAUGUCAACUCGUUCCAGACUAGAUAAAUAUGCAUAUCAAUUGAAGCAGGUGAAAUCAUCA